AGAUUACUUAUACUUUUAAAUAAUUUAGUUAAAUAACUAUUACCGUGCAUCGCACGGGAGCAAAACUAGUAAGACUUAAAUAGCACAGCCAAAAAGCACAUAAUAACCCCUCGUUUUUCUACUUAUUUGUCUACUCAUUAGCACAACCCUCGUUUUUCUUCAAAAUCCCUUUAGCCCUUCCCCUCCUAUCCCCAAAUCUAAACCUAGCUAAAUAUCUGCUUCAAUGGCGAAUGCGGAGGCGGAGGCCGUCGAUUUCGAGCCUGAGGAGGACGAUCUUAUGGACGAGGAUGUCGGCGAUGGCUCCCCCAACCGAGCCACCGUUCCUCGCCUGAAGUCCGCCAUCACUGGCGGCGGCUCCUCCACCGCUCCAAAGAAGACCAAGGGCCGCGGGUUUCGCGACGAGGCCGCUUCUGAAGCGGACCGAAAUGCUCGCAUGUCCGCCCCCUUCGAUUCGCUCGAUUCAGAAGGCGGUCCUGGCCCCGAACGAUCUAUUGAAGGAUGGAUUAUUCUGGUUACUGGAGUUCAUGAAGAGGCUCAAGAGGACGAUCUGCGAAACGCAUUUGGUGAUUUUGGAGAGAUAAUGUCACAGCCCGCAACCCUUAAUGACAAUUUAGCCGGGGUUAUGACUUGGGAGAAAAGAAUACCGCCUCCGCUGCAACUGGAAGGCCGGCUUCGCCGCGCCGCUGCACUCGCGGCGGCGGCCGCUGGUCGUCAGGCCGCCAGCUGCUUCCCCCCUCACCUCAUUUCCUUUCUUUCAAGGUCGAGGGAAAAGAAAAGUGAAGAAACCCAAGUUCCUCAGUCAGAAAUCGUCUCCGCCGCCCCUGAAAUCUCCGGCGACAUUGUCACCUCAAGCCGGCGUCGCUCCGCCUGA